AAGCAGGAGGUGGUGCAGUUGGAUACUUCGAUCUGCAACUGGCGGUAACACUUUUGCGGCGGUAGUUGUGAAUCAGGCGAGCUCUUGAUUGUUUGUUAGUUGUUGAGUGAGCGACUCGUUGGUGGAGGCCAGGGAUAAUAGCCAGCACAUUAUCAACAAAAGAUUCGGCCGCCAUGUUGUGGAGGUGUCUUCUGCUGGUGAGCUGUUGCGUCCUCUUCGCGCAAGCCAAGCAGAAGUCGCGUCAUCAUAGAGACUUCACUCUGGGCCCACCGCCGUUGCUGAACACGGUAGCCGCCCCCAAGCCCAGCCCCCCACCGCCCCUAGAAAUAGAUAAUUUGGAAGAAGAUGACGACUACGACCCGGCGGAGGACGAAAUCUUCACCAAACAGAACCCAUGCCUUGUGAAGUAUUGUGGUAAAGGCCGGGAAUGUCAGUUGAGUCGCGGGCUGGCAGAGUGCGUCUGCCAGCGGCGAUGCAAAAGACACCAGAAGCUCGUCUGCGGGACGGACGGUCAGCUGUACGCAAACCACUGCGAACUGCAUCGCACUGCGUGCCUGGAGGAACGAACCAUUGCCGUGGACCACGCGUACGAAUGCAUGAAGCAGGGACCCCAACCCGACAAAUCAGAAGACCCCAGUGUUCUAGAGGUGACGUCAUUGUCUGCUGUACCCACUGCCGUCCAUAAUGAAACGCUUACACCCCUGCCGUAUAACCCGGAGGAAAACGAGGCGGAACCGGAAACUGACAUUUACUACGAUAAGGACGAUUGUACCAUCCAAGAGUACGAGAUAAUGAAGGACAAUUUGCUCCUGUACAAUCAUGCCAAGCUGAUGGCGGAGGACAACCACAGCUCAGGGAAGGAGUACUUGGUGAGCAUCAUGUUCAGUCACUAUGACCAGAACAACAAUGGGGCACUGGAGAGAGAGGAGCUGGAACAGAUUGCUGGUCGGGAACAUCUGAACCAGCUGGCCAAAGGCUGCAGUCUUGGCCACAUGCUUUCUUUUGAUGAUACCGACAAAGAUGGCCGCCUCAACAUAAAUGAGUUUUAUAUGGCGUUUAGUAAGUUAUACAGCGUGUCAGUGGUGUCGCUAGACAAGGCCCUGGAGGUAAAUCACCUAUCAGCACGUGUUGGAGACAAUGUUGAGAUCAAGUGCGACGUGACUGGGACGCCGCCGCCUCCCAUCGUGUGGCGACGCAACGAGGCUGAUCUGGCAGCUCUCAAUGAAGAUGAGGUGCGGGUGUUCAAUGACGGAUCCUUGUACUUGACCCGAAUCCAGCUGAUUCAUGCUGGAAACUACACGUGCCACGCGCAGCGUAACAAGGAUGUUGUACAGACACAUGUGCUUACAGUGCAUACCAUUCCGGAAGUAAAAGUGACUCCACGGAUUCAGUCUCAGCGACCAGGCAAAGAAGCAUCAAUGUUCUGUCAUGUGAUUGGAGAACCUUUUCCCAAAGUGGAGUGGCUGAAGAAUGACGAGCCACUCAAACUGGAUGUGCCACACAAGUACAAGAUCAUCGGCAACGGCACGGAGCUGCAGCUGCACAAGAUAGCGUACGCUGACACGGGCGCUUAUAUGUGCCAGGCAACCAGCGUCGGUGGCAUGACUCGUGACAUCUCGUCACUGGUGGUGCAAGAGGACCCUACCCCCACUGCACCCAAUGAGGAGCGACGCUUCUUCUCUUUCCAUGACUGGGGCGUGUCUGUGUAUGAACCCAUGGCUUGCAGACUGUACCACCAGAUACAGGCUACAGACAUUAUUCCUGGCACCCAGGAAUAUGUCUGUGGAGACAAGGGAGUGAACUGCAGCUGGGGACACGCUAUCAAUGUUGCCAACCGUUACGUGUAUGUGGCUCAGCCCCAUAAGGACCGAGUGCUGGUCAUCAGCAAAAUCCAGAUGGUAGUUGUGGAUGUUGUAGUGACAGACAAGUACCCCGUGGAACUGCACUAUGUCCCACACCUUGACCAGGUGUGGGUUCUGAACUGGCGCAGCGAGCAUAACCAGGGCAUCAAGACGAUCCAGAUCAUUCGGGAUGCAGCCCAGAAGAGAAAGCAUCACACAGUGCAUCCUGAGCCCAUUGAUGGGCAAUUUGACCUUGUGCAGGGCCUGUUCAUGCCUCCUAUACAGGAUAUGACACACAUGUUCAAGUAUGGGUAUGUGACUCACACAAACCAGCGAGGGCUGUACAAACUUGACUUGGCCAACAUGCGCUACACCAGAAGUAUUGACCUGACACCAUUCAACUGCGUACCACGACAGAUACAGUUCUCUGCUCUGUAUGGAUUUGUGAUUAUGGAGUGCGAGGAGCCCGUCACAGGUCGACCAACAGGGCAAAUUUUGCUGGACUAUCUGACAGACACAGUGCUCACUCAGAAGACCGGGCUGUUUGGUCACCCUCACGUGUCCCCCAACAGUCGCUCAGUUGUAACAUUGGACAGAGGUCAUGAUGGAGUCACACUUGUGGUGCAGGAAGUUACUGAAAGUGGUCUGAAGUUCUUAUUUGAUGUGAAGACGACAUUGAACAUCAGUGAUAUCACGUUCUAUCCCUCACAAACCACACAUGGCUAUGACCUGUAUGCCAGUGCAACAGAUAAGGAAGACAUCUUGUUUCUCAAUCUGGUGACAGGGAAAGUUGAGAUGAUCACAGGUGUGGGCAAAGCCAUGCCCCCUACCCUCGCUCAGUGGGACACACCGAACCGACCCAUUGCAGCCUCUGGAGUGUUCGGACACUAUAUGGUCACACCAGCCAAUGAAGCCCUGUUUGUAGUCAAUGGGGAGACGCGAACAGUGAAUUGCGAAAUUGGUGGGCUCGUUCAUCCAAGGACUGUUGUCUGGGUGACGAUGCAGCUCCAGUGAACAAAAGUGACCUAAGUAAAAAAAUACUAUAUCAAACAGCCUUUUUUUGUUAUUUUACACUGGUGAACACAUGUGAUUUAGCGUAUUGAAUUACACAGACUUCACUCAUCAUGUGGAAUUGUGAUGUACUGAGGAAGAUGUAGAACAUGGGCCCAGAUGCUGAAAUGAGAAGCAACAUUAUUGAUUAAUGCUUAGUUUUGAUCUGCUUUUUUUAAUUCCUACUUUUGUCUCUCUUUUUAACAGUAAGAAAGGAAUGUGAAAUCCAUAUUUAUUAUUCCAUUUGAUAGUGAUCAGUACUGCAUGUAGACAUUUAAAAUUUGAUAUUGAAGUAGGUCGUAAACAUACCUACUACAUAUUUUGUAUAUAGCAGUUUUUCUAUAUUAAAAAAAAAAGAAACAAAUAUAGUGACAAUGUGAAACUUUUAGGUUACAUCUGUCAGUCUGUACUAUUAAAAAUUAAGAAAUAUGCAAAUUUCUAGCCAUCCGAUACAGACAAAAACACACUUAUUAGUUCUGCACACAAAUUAUUUUAUUUACUUUAGGUAAUAAUAAAAUAGUAAAUGUUGAUGGCUUGUGUAGUGCUGAAUGAAAUGUCAUGGUGAUUUGGAGGAAGAAGUGGUUGUGGCCUGUUUCAACAUUAGUCAGUGUGCCUUUCUGGGGAAUCUAUCGAGUACAAAUCAGGCAUAUAACCACUGGUCUAACCAGCUUAGGAGUGGGACUGCUAUGUGCUCUCAUUACAAGUGUUAGCGGCUGGAUCAUAAACUAAGCAGACAUCUUUGUGUCCUCUGAACUUACACAGGACUGUAAAGAACUGAAUAAUUGCCAAGGUAGUGUGUCUUGUUGUCCGGUCCAGUGUUUCGACGUGCACAUCAUGUGGCCCAUGUUCAACAUUCUUGGGUUAACCUUUAUCAUACAGGAAUAAUACUGUGGGCCAGUCAGCCAGACUGAACUCCGUAGUUAACAGUUCGGCAGCGUGCUACUGCAAUGCGCGGCCAAUUUGGACUGUGCGAAAUAUGCGACGCACGGCCGAUAAAGGUUAAAAAGCUUCUCAGAUAUGUUAGUCCAAAUUUACAUGAAUAAGAUAAACAAGAAAGGGCAUUCAGACAGGUUUAUGUUAAUUUAUCUUCUUUAUCUAUACAAGUAAGAUCACAAAUGUUACUGUUGUCUGUGAAUCGUCCUGUUUUGGAUUACUUAAAAGUGAUCGUAUGCUGAUGUUAGGUGCACGUUUAACCCAUUCUCAUUCUCUUGACUGUGUCCCCGACAACCAAAAUCAUGCUCGUAUGCACUGUUUUCCAUAAAGAGUUUAUGGAACGUAUGGUGACUGACACUGUGACUUGGGCAGUCAUCCUGUGCUGUGGUGGACUGGGUUGUCAUUGUUUUAAAGGAACUGACAGUCUCCAUCUUCAGGGAACAGUGAAUGGGUAGAACAAAGGAUGGCCCAACACAUUAAAAAUACAGUGUAGCAGGUACUUUGCCAAAGAAUUGCUCAGAUAAUUUCUCAAAAACAUCAGCAAAUAGCCCGAGUUAAUUCUCAUGGUCUGGUACCAAAAACAUGAGAACUGGGUCUGAUGUCACUCAUUUAGCAUUGAAACUGGUGACUAAGUGACUCAACUUACCACAUCAUGGUGGUUUUGUCACCUUAAAGUGGUAACACAGGUUUCAGUGUUUGACAAUAUUUUUAAAUUGUUACAAUGAAAAAUUAUUUUUGAAAAGUAAAUUAUGCUAUGAUUGCAUUUACUUUGUGUUAGGGAUUUGUUGCGUUUCCUCUGUACAUGAAAUAGAUUUUUCUCGUUUAUUUGCAUCAGACUGUACGGUGAGAUGUUAAACAAAAUUUUACUUCAGAACUUGGUAAAUACUGCCAUCUUGUCAAGGAGCAAUUUGUGAAUGGGUUAAAAUAAGAAGAGUGCUGGUGGAACAUUGAAGCCUUGAAAAUAGCUAAAAGACUUGCAGAAUGGUUU